CCGUUUGCUAACAUUUUAAGUUUUCCGUUUUAUCGUUGAGUUUUUAACGUUUUGGUUAUUGUUUAAUUGCUUUAAGAAAAAUCAACAAAAAUGUCUCGCAGGCCUGAAGAUUCUCCAAUGCCCAAUCAAACACCCCGUUCAAAUAUGUCUUCUCCAGCUCAAGAUUUUGAACCUUUUGAAGAUGAGGGUGCCCUUUUGGGGGAUGUUAAUCCUGAGAUGGAGGAAGAAGAUGGAGAGGAACUAUUUGGGGACAACAUGGAAAAUGAUUAUCGGCCAAUGCCCCAUUUGGAUCGGUAUGAUGAAAGAAUGCUGGAUGAGGAUGAAUAUGACAACAUGUCUGUAGGUGACCGAUUGGCAGCUGAAGAGGCCCUUCGGAGGAGGGACAGAGAAAUGGGUAUUUACAGAAGGGAUGACAGGGAAUUAUUUUAUGAUGAGAGCGAUGAAGAUGAGGAUCCAAGGAAGAAGAGGAAACUCGCUGAAAAAGCGGCGAUGGGCGAGACCGACGAUCAAGAAAUGAUCGAAUCAAUUGAGAAUCUAGAAGACACAAAAGGUUACACCAUAAAAGAUUGGGUCGUUAUGAUGGGACCCAGAACGGAAAUCGCCAACAGAUUCAAGAAUUUCCUCCGCACCUAUGUGAACAGUAAAGGACAACACGUAUACAAAGAAAAAAUUCGCCGCAUGUGCGAGAACAACCAGUGCAGUUUCACAGUUGAGUUUUCAAGUUUGGCAAACAAGGAACACGUUUUAGCCUACUUCUUACCAGAGGCACCUUUUCAAAUGCUCGAGAUAUUCGAUGAGGUCGCUAAAGAUAUUGUGCUCUCUAUGUAUCCUAGCUAUGACAGAGUGACCAGUGAAAUUCACGUCAGAAUAUCAGAUUUGCCUCUUAUAGAAGAAUUGAGAACAUUCAGAAAGUUACAUGUAAACCAACUAGUCCGGACUCUGGGGGUUGUAACGGCAACUACGGGAGUUUUACCGCAACUGUCCAUUGUGAAAUUCGAUUGUAACAAAUGUGGAUUUAUCCUAGGACCAUUUACACAAGCACAAGAUCAAGAAGUCCAGCCUGGAGCCUGUCCUGAGUGUCAAAGUCAUGGUCCAUUUAUGAUUAACAUGGAACAAACUUUGUAUAGGAAUUAUCAGAAAAUUACGUUGCAAGAAUCCCCGGGACGUAUACCUGCAGGCAGAGUACCACGUUCUAAGGACUGCAUUUUAUUAGCAGAUUUGUGCGAUAGAUGUAAACCUGGAGAUGAAGUCGACGUAACUGGAAUUUACACAAACAGCUAUGAUGGCUCAUUGAACACAGAUAAUGGCUUCCCUGUUUUCUCCACAGUUAUAUUUGCCAAUCACUUGGUGGUUAAAGAUUGCAAGCAAAUCGUCCAAUCAUUGACAGACGAUGAUAUAAACGCCAUUAUUAAAAUGAGCAAGGACCACAGGAUUUCUGAUAGGAUCAUUGCCUCAAUUGCCCCCUCUAUUUAUGGGCAUGAAUAUAUCAAAAGGGCUUUGGCUUUGGCUCUGUUUGGUGGUGAACCAAAGAACCCAGGACAAAAACAUAAGGUCAGAGGAGAUAUAAACGUUUUAAUUUGCGGUGAUCCCGGUACUGCCAAAUCACAGUUUUUGAAAUUCGUGGAAAAAAUAGCCCCCAGAGCGGUAUUCACAACAGGUCAAGGUGCCAGUGCUGUUGGUCUAACAGCUUAUGUCAGAAGAAAUCCGGCCACAAGAGAAUGGACCUUGGAAGCAGGGGCGUUAGUUUUAGCUGAUCAGGGAGUUUGCCUCAUUGAUGAGUUUGACAAGAUGAAUGACCAAGACAGGACGUCAAUCCAUGAAGCAAUGGAACAACAAUCUAUCUCAAUUUCUAAGGCAGGUAUUGUUACGAGUUUGCAGGCUCGCUGUUCCGUAAUCGCAGCCGCCAAUCCUCUAGGAGGUAGAUACGAUGCCAGUAUGACCUUCGCCGAAAACGUAAACUUGUCGGAUCCAAUUUUGUCCCGUUUCGAUAUCCUUUGUGUCGUCAGAGAUGAAAUCGACCCCAUUCAAGAUCAACACUUGGCUAAGUUCGUCGUGAGCUCCCACAUCCGUCACCAUCCUUCCAAAAAGGAUGAAGAAAGUGAGAGUACCAUGGAGGUGGAUAAUGAGAUGGCAAUUCCCCAGGAGUUACUCAAGAAGUAUAUUGUGUAUGCCAGAGAGAAUAUUCAUCCUAAGCUACAAAAUAUGGACCAGGAUAAAGUGGCCAAUAUAUACAGUCAACUUAGACAGGAAUCACUGGCAACUGGAAGUCUUCCAAUAACAGUACGUCACAUCGAAAGUAUAAUACGAAUGUCAGAAGCACACGCACGCCUGCAUCUCAGGGAAUAUGUUCAAGAAGAAGACGUGAACAUGGCUGUCAGGAUGAUGCUUGAGAGUUUCGUAGAAACGCAAAAAUACAGCGUUAUGAAGACAAUGCGACAAGUGUUUCAACGUUAUUUGUUAUUCAAAAAGGAUCACAGCGAAUUGCUAUUUUAUAUUUUGCGGCAAUUGGCGCAAGACCAGCUCACUUUCCAAAGAGGAACCAAUGAGUUGGAGGCACUCUCUAUUGAAAUCGACGAGAAAGAUCUCGCCGAUAAGGCGAAGCAGAUAGAUAUUCAUGAUCUGAAACCAUUCUAUAAGAGUAAAAUCUUUGAAUCAAAUAACUUCUCAUAUGAUGCCAAAAGGAAAGUUAUUAUUCAUACUGUACCUGAGACAUUUACGUCUGAGGAUUAAUUACUGUUAAGACUACUUUUAAGUAAUUGUAAAAUUGCAUUAAGUAUAAUUUUUAACUUAUGUAAAACCUAUUUUUUAUUAAACCUUUUAAUUUUC